CCUCUAUCUCGGCCACCCUAACCGAAGUGCCAGAAUUGCACCAAAUACUUAAGCAGAAGGCAGGUGUUUGUGUUAAUCAGAAGGGUGUCACCUGAUAUCUCACGUGUCAUCCUUAAAUCCGCCAAUCACAGCCUCGCAGCCUCACAUUGCGCUGCUGGGAGAAGCAAGCAACUCUGACGUCGGAAAGCAGCACCGAUUCCGACCGAACAGCAACCCCCGAGCGAAUUCCCGCUCCGCGGCCGCAACACACCCGACUUAUCAAUAGGGUGCCGCCCCCCCCAAAAAAAGAGAACGAUAACAAUGCGCGCAUCCCUCAGACUGCUCGCCGCCGUCCGGCCGGCGGCGCGGUACCUCGAACCCGGCACGCCGACAGGUCUGACGGGCCUGCACGUGCACCCAACCCCUCGGUCGGCCCUCCUGUACCUCUACACAACGACGCUCGACAAGCUCAAGGCCAUGCCCGAGCACUCGGUCUACCGCCAGUCGGUCGAGGCGCUGACCAAGCACCGCAUGGCGCUCGUGGAGGCGACCGUGCCGCCGGGCUACGACGAGUGGGCCGAGAAGGCGCGCAAGAUGCUCGGCGACCACCCGGACCGGUUCAAGGCGGCGCACGGCGCCGGCGUCGACAGCGCGACGGCCAUCAAGAUCGAGCGCGACGGCCACGCGUUCGUCGUGCGCCACUUCCCGCAGGAGGAGGACAUGCGGUACCAGGAGUGGGACGGCGAGGUGGACGAGGGCCCGGAGCUCGAGGGCAGCAGGACGCUGGAGGAGAAGCAGGACCUGAAGCACAUCUUUGAGCGGAGGGAUCUCGGCGAUGUCGAGCAGGUGUCGUGGGAGCCGGAGCCGCAGCUGACGGCGGAUCAGAUUGCGGAACUUGAGUCCAAGAUUGGCGCCGGUCUGAUCGAGGAGGUGAUACAGGUUGCCGAGGGCGAGCUCAAGCUUGUGGACAUCAUGACCCAGGCCAAGGUGUGGGAGCCCCUUGAGGAGCAACCGGCCGAGGGCCAAUGGGUCUACUUUGAGCGGAAGCCGUAAAUGCGAUACUGGACUAUACCACUGCAUCAUUCACUGUACAUAGCUAGACUGCGUGUGCAAAGACGUCCUUCGAGUCAGCGGCUUGGUCCGGGGUAUGCAUUUGCUGUUCCUCCUGGCUCACACAUCACCGUAGAGUAUCGGACUGGCGAGUGGGGAGAUUGUAAGAAGAUACCUAGACUUGCGCAGUCGGAACCUGAAGGUUCCCACGGCUUAUGGUGGCGAAACGGAGAGCAGAAGACGCGCCGUGUCGAGUUCUACAGGGCCUGGGACUUCUCGG